UUUCCCUGAAGAAGAGCCUGGGGGACUCUUCUUCUUGAAAAUUCAAAGAGCCUAUAGAAUAGUAACAAUAAAGGUAAAAAAAGAUUGAAUAACUAAGAGAGCAAAGGUGUAUUGGGGGGAAAUACAUUAGCUGUAGCUCUCAUUUUCUUGUGUUUGCUACAGCUAGCAGGCAUGGCAAGGCCUGCAUUGGUUGCGGUCACAACGUUGUUGUUGUCGGCUGCAGCCGUCGUGUUUGCUGAGGAUCCCUACAUUUUUAUGGACUGGAAUGUGAGCUAUGGGACUAUUUCUCCAUUGGGUGUGCCUGUGCAGGGUAUUCUGAUCAAUGGACAGUUUCCUGGCCCGACGAUUAAUUGUACAUCGAAUAACAACGUUGUUGUGAAUGUGUUCAAUAAUUUGGAUGAGCCUCUGUUGUUUACCUGGGCUGGGGUUCAGCAUAGGAAGAACUCGUGGCAGGAUGGAAUGCCGGGGACUAUGUGCCCCAUUCAGCCUGGCACGAAUUUUACCUAUCAUUUCCAGGUGAAGGAUCAGAUUGGAAGCUAUGUGUACUUUCCCACCACAGGCAUGCUGAAAGCCGCGGGUGGGAUUGGUCCCCUGAAUGUCCACAGCCGCGCUUUGAUUCCUGUCCCUUUUGACAUCAACCCUGCUGAUGAAUUCAAUGUCUUGGCUGGGGAUUGGUUCAACAAGGGGCAUAAGGCGCUGAAGAGGCUUUUGGACAGUAGUCAUUCAAUUGGCAGACCAGAUGGUGUUCAUAUUAAUGGGAAGAGUUUGAAGGUUGGCGAGGCGGUUAGCCAGCCAAUGUUCACUAUGGAGCCAGGGAAGACUUAUAGGUACAGACUCUGCAAUGUUGGUAUGAGGACUUCCUUGAACUUUAGGUUCCAGGGUCACGCGAUGAAGCUGGUUGAGUUGGAAGGCUCACACACGGUCCAAGAACUUUAUGAGUCGCUUGACGUCCAUGUGGGACAAUGUAUGUCCGUUUUGGUGACUGCUGACAAGGAGCCCAAGGACUACUACUUGGUGGCUUCUGCCAGGUUCAGCAAACAGCCCCUCAGCACCGUGGCUGUUGUGCGUUAUGCCAACAGCAAUGUAGCUCCAUCUACAGAGCUUCCACCGCCUCCACCAGAGAAUACAGCUGGCAUAGCGUGGUCACUUAACCAAUUCCGGUCCUUCAGAUGGAACUUGACAGCCAGCGCUGCUCGCCCUAACCCCCAAGGAUCCUACCACUAUGGCCAAAUCAACAUUACCCGAACUAUCAAGCUCGCUAAUACCAGAACAAUUGUUGAUGGCAAGCUCCGCUUUGGCAUCAACGGUGUCUCUCACGUUAACCCCGAUACCCCAUUGAAGCUGGCUGAGUACUUUGGCAAGGCUCAGCAAGUGUUCAAGUAUGACCUCAUUCGCGAUGAGCCCCCAGCACAGCAAACCAAGGUGACCUUAUCCCCCAAUGUGGUGAACGCCACAUUCCGCAACUUUGUGGAAAUCAUCUUCGAAAAUCCAGAGCACACCAUCCAAACCUGGCACCUAGAUGGAUACUCAUUCUUUGCUGUUGCCAUGGAAAGUGGGAAAUGGAGCCCGGAGAAGAGGAGGAACUACAAUCUCGUCGACGCUGUGAGUCGACACACGAUCCACGUCUACCCCAACUCAUGGGCUGCUGUCAUGACAACAUUGGACAAUGCGGGUAUGUGGAGUUUAAGGUCAGACAUGUGGGAAAGAUUCUACCUCGGACAGCAGAUGUACGUCAGUGUUCUGUCUCCAGAAAGGUCUCUCAGAGAUGAGUAUAACAUGCCGGACAACUUCCCGUUGUGUGGCAUUGUCAAGGGCUUGCCUUUGCCUGCACCAUAUACCCCCUAAUUUACACACUCAUACUCUGUCUUUACCUCUUUUCAUCUGAAAUUCUUAGAUGAUCUGUUUGUACUGAUUUGUAUGGGCUGAUUGAAAUCAAUAAUAUAUCUUUGCUCUUAA